AUGGUGACCAGAAUACCGUUCGAGGCGGGCCCAAGCUAUACCUCUUCGAACUACUUUGAUCUUUCCCCUCGACGCUCGCUCAACCCGGCAUGCCGCGACGUGCAAGCCGCGCUCUCGUCCUUCCGCUUCUCGUCCAGCACACUCGAGAGCCCCUCAAGCGACGCCAUCCCAGCAAACGUCGCGUCGGAGGAUGACGAAUACGUAGAGCCCUCGUGCUCGCUCAACUCCAACAGCCGCAGACCCAGUGUGCAGAGGACCUCGAGUGCGCCAGAGCCAUCGUCGUCCAAGUCGACGCUGUUCGUAGAGCCCAUGGGGCCCACCAUGCUGCGUCCUUCCCUGGCGCGUUCUUGCUCCGAGAGCCGUGCCUCCGGCGUCUUGGAGCGCCGACGUCACAAGAUCACCUCGAAAAGCAACUCACUGCCAUCGACGCUCAUCCUCGAUUUCACAAACCUCCCCAUGACCAUGGGCGCAGGAAACCUCGGUCUUUUGCGGGCCGCUCGCAAAGCUAUUGCAGAACCAUCUGGCUUUGAUUGGGACCGUGCAGCAACCUCUGCGCCGCCAAGUUCCUUCAAACCGCGGUUUGUCGCACUGCAGGAGCAAAAGUCCAGCGUCAACAGCACGCCCGUUCGACCUGAGAAAACGGCCGUCACCGUGUCGCUACCCGCAUCGACGACGGCAUCCACUUCAACAUCGCCGCAAUCGCCGCGAGUCUCGGUUGGGCUGCCUACGUCGCGCUCCUGUGCCGCGUCCUGCUGGAGCAAAUGUGCCUCUGCUUCCAAUGAGUCGGAAUGGGACUGGGCUUUGGCUGGCACCGCGCGAGCAACGCACGAGGCGAUGCGCUUUAGUGCUUUCAAGGAGAAGAGGGAGCCGGUGCACGACAUCUGGCAGCAGUUGCCCGACUGGGUCAGCCGUCGCUCGUCAUUGGGCGGACGCGAUGCCGACUUGUCGCUGCGCGGGCCGGGGCUGUACAACCCUUUCGGUCCUGCUAAGUCGGCCAAAGACCAAGCAGAAGCAAGCGCAACCGCAAGUUUAGUGGCAGCCGCCGCCGCCGCCACCUCGGCAGCCAUGUCGCUCUCACUCUCGAACCAGAGUCCGCGCAACAGCAUCUCGGGGCGUGGACGUGUUGUCCAGUCCAAGGUUUCGGUGCACGUUCCUUACCGCGUUCUCGAAGAGAUGCCGCCGCCGCAAGAGCUCUCGGUCUCGCCUCGCGCUUCAUUUGUUGGCGCUCGCAGGCCUUCCUUGAGUCCAAGCCGAUCUCAAAGCGUAGAGAGGGUUGCAGCUGCGAUUGCUUAG